UCAUUUGUCUACUCCCUUUGUUCAAGCUCUUUCAAAAGCUUUUGUUUUCCAGCUCUUCUUCUCACUCUUUCCCACUCUUUCCCACUCUUUCUAUCUUCUUCUUGGUGGAAAAAAACAUCGGAAGAAGAAGAAAUCCAAAGCCCAAAACCCUAAUGCGGAGCCAUAAACCAUUCUCUUUUUGUUGCCGAGCUUAGCUCACCAUUUUUGCUCUGUAAAACCCUGAAAGGGCUACAGAUGCCCUAUCCAAUAACCAACGCAAAAACCCUAUUUUUUUUCGUACUUAGCACUCUUCCGUUGUUCUGUUUCUCCCUUCUGUAGAACUAGGAAGAACAUUAAGCUCAAACCCCCAAAAUGUUUAACCAAAGCACACUGUCUGGGCUCUUCGUUCUCUUCUUCUUGGUCUUGAGCAAUGUGGACGUCGUGAGAUCCAAAUCCACCAUCGAGCCAUGCUCGAACUCCGACUCAUGCAACGCCAUGGUGGGUUACACGCUCUACACCGACCUUAAGGUCUCGGAAGUGGCGACCCUAUUCCAAGUCGACCCCAUUGCUAUUCUCACCGCCAACGCCAUUGACAUUUCGUAUCCGGAUGUUGAGAAUCACAUCCUUCCCUCCCAGCUCUUCCUCAAAAUCCCCAUUUACUGCUCCUGCGUCGACGGAAUCAGAAAAUCAGUCACCACACGGUACAAGACUCGCCCCUCCGAUACUCUCUCAUCGAUUGCCGAUUCGAUUUACGCGGGUCUUGUGUCCGCGGAUCAGCUCAGGGAGGCGAAUUCGAUAUCGGAUCCUUCGGUUCUGGAUGUGGGGCAGACCCUUGUGGUUCCGCUUCCUUGUACUUGCUUCAAUGGGACUGAUAAUUUGUUGCCGGCCACUUAUUUAUCGUAUGUGGUGAAAGUUGAUGACACAUUGACAGGCAUUGCUUCCAGGUAUUCGACUACUAUUUCUGAUCUAAUGACUGUGAAUGCAAUGGGGAGUCCAGCAAUUAAGGCUGGUGAUAUACUUGCUGUUCCUUUGCCAGCUUGUGCAUCUAAUUUUCCAAAAUAUGCUUCGGACUAUGGGCUAGCUGUGCCAAAUGGGAGUUAUGCUAUCACUGCAAGUCACUGUGUACAAUGCAGUUGCGGGCCAGGAAGUCUCAAUUUAUACUGCAUGCCAGCAUCUUUGGCAGUCUCUUGUUCAAGUAUGCAAUGCAGGAAUACUAACCUUAUGCUCGGGAAUGUUACAAUGCAAAAGAGUAGUGCUGGCUGCAAUGUUACAUCUUGUAGCUAUGGUGGUUUUGUCAAUGGCACCAUUAUUGCUACGCUGACCACAUCCCUUCAACCUCGAUGUCCAGGGAUCCAGCAAUUUCCUCCACUUAUAGCACCACCAUCUUCAGUAAUCAGGGAUUCAUUCUAUGCCCCAUCACCUUCUCCAUCUCAGUCAGAUGGUGCUGGAACAACAAUUCCUAGUCCUUCGGUGGUGCCUUCAACAGGGUCAAUUCCAGGUUUUGCUCCCGCCAAUGGCCCAACUGGAAGUGCCUCUGAUGCUAGCUCUUUGGUGAACCCAUUAGCCAGUUUCCCUGUUGUGAUUGCCUUAUGUUUGUUUUUCAAGUUAAUGGUCUCGUCCUUUUUAUAAUUUUGCUUGUCAAAUGUGUGCCUAGUCGAUGGGAUUUUGUUCUGCAUGGUUUCUGCCUUUCUGUCAGGUUCCCCCUUGUUGUGUUCGACUUCUUUUAUUUAUUCUCAUCAGUAGAUUGAUUUGUGGAUGCGGGAAGCCAGAGAAUUUUAUUCUGCUUAGCAUUUUGUUCCACUCAUUUGCCUUACCUAGCUACUCUGUACUCUGCGACAUAGGCGGUUCCCCUCACUGUAUUUUAUCAUUGUGAACAUCAUCCAGAGCUUUAAGAAACUGCUUGAGUGACUGCUUUGCUUUUUGUAACUUAUGGUCAUUUUUAGUCUCUUUAAAUUUUA